ACGAGCAGGCCUAUGCUUUCGCCCGUUCGAAAGAGCCACGGAGGCCACAAAACCAGUACCUUUGAGCUAGGCUUUCUAGGAUGCAUCGUGCCUUGACCAUCGCGGAGAUCGUCCAUCAAGUAGUCGAGGAAUUCUCUACCGCCUGGAUCUGCUGUCACAAAGGCCAGACGCUGCGAGCAUUAGCUGUCACAUGCCGUGUGUUCAGCGAACCCGCCUUAGACAUCAUUUGGUCUGAUCAAAAUGGUUUGGGCCACCUCGUCGAGUGUUUGCCGUCGGAUUUGUGGACUAUAUCGGAUGAUACUACCCCGGGGACUUUAACAUUGAGAAGACCUCCGAGGACCAUUACGCAACAGGACUGGGUGCGUUUCGACACAUACGCUAGACGCGUUCGGAAACUGUCCUUUGGUCCACCUAAAUCCUCCUUGCGGUCCCGCACCAUGUCGGCGGAUGUAUUCCACUGGCUGUCCUCGUCAAGGCCCUCCCAUCAACUACUCCCAAAUCUGCGCCGCCUCUAUUGGUCGGACGACAUGCCACCCGGGUGCUAUGAUUAUUUUCACAUGUUCCUUGGCCCACGACUCUGCACGCUGCGCAUUUCAGGGCCUCCACCUCAAUCCACCACCUCUCAUCAUGCAAUCCUUUCCGCUCUGGAUCGCCUUUCUCAAAUUGCACCAGACAUCGAAGUGCUGAGCGUCUGGGGAUACCAGUGUGAGGGCCUAGACCCCCGACCUAUUCCCGGGCAUGUUUGUACGUUAUGGAGGAGACUAUGGUCUUUGCGUCUGGGGUCGUCCCUGACGAUGACUUAUGACGCGUUUGCUGGGCUGUCCGCCUUACCCAUGCUCGCGGAGGCGGCCCUGUCGCUAGCUGGGCCAUUCGACACAAAGUGUUCAACGCGGAACUACACUUUUCCUGCUAUGCAAACGCUGGACUUAACUUCCGAGACAAUGGCCGACAUCCGAGCAGUCUUAUCGUCGUGUCAUUUUCCCCGGCUCCGGAGAAUGUCCUUGACUUCACAGUCCGGUCCCAAGGCAGACCUCCUCAAUCGUGUCCUCGAAGCUAUCCACGAACGUAUACCGCAUGCGUCGCUUGUUUAUCUCAAGCUUCAUGCUGGCAAUACCAUGGACGUUGGGGAGAUAGUCAACGCGGCGUCCUUACGGUCCCUAUAUGACUUACACCAUCUGGUUUACUUCGAUUUCGUCAUGGGGAUCCGCAUUGCCCUCACUGACGACGACAUCAAGGAAAUGGCCAUGUCGUGGCCUCAUAUCAAGCAUCUGGUGUUGUGCAGCAACGCCAGCAAGGAUGCUAUCCAGCACACAUGGACGCAUGACCCGCGGGCAUGGACGACUAAGCCCACGCUAGAAGGUCUCGUGCACCUCGCCAGGUAUUGCCCCUCGCUAGAAUUGCUCGCACUCGAUGCCGACACGUCUGGCGCUGAGGCCUACCUUGAGGUCCACCCUGGUGAGGGUUAUCAUUCCUCACCGCUGCGAACCAUCCAUGUCGUUUCGCCUCCGCUGAGUGCCAUCAAGGAUGUCGCAGCGUUCUUAUAUGCGGUCUUCCCGAACGUGUGGUUUAUCAACGGCACUGAUGGCACUGUGGUAGGCGAUACUUGGCAGCUAGUGCUGCACAAAGUAGAUGUCUUACGGGGCACGGUAUAUGAGGACGAAGACGAGGAAGAUGAGGAAGAUGAGGAAUAGGGCUACGUUCAGCCGUAUAGCACCUCGCGCGAUCGGCAUGGAUCGUACAUAGGAUCGUCCUUUGUGACACAGAAGCCAAUUCGCGUCGAUGUUAACAUGUCCAUAUUUCUGCU